GCCAGGCGGGGCUCUGGACAGGGGAAGGGCAGCGCUAGCCUCCCAGGCGGAGUGACUCCGAAUCGACGGGCUUCGCGGGGAACCGAACCUUUGGCGGUCCGAGUCACCCACCAAGACAUCCUCCGUCUGACGGCCUGAUGGGUUGUGGAGCAAAGUGAUUUCCCCUUGGAAGCCCAGCCACCUCUCCCAGCGAUGGAGAUGAAGGGGCAGCUGAUCAGCUCCUCCAGUUACAGCUCUUCCGAGGCGUUGCAGCGGGAGCUUUGCCCCCGGAUCCGGCUGGAGCGGGUUCAAGAGCUGCUGGAGAAGCAGCGGGCCCUUCAGCAGGUGCUCAGCCUGCGCCUGAAGGAGCUGCGGCGGGUCUGCAUGCAAGAAGCGGAACUGACGGGAAAGCUGCCCCCGGAGUACCCACUGGAGCCAGGAGAAAAACCCCAGUUUGUGCGGAGGAGACCAGCACCUGCCUAUUGGAUCCCCGCUACUGUAAAGAAUGAGGAAGCGACUUCUCUGGAGGAGCUGGCCCAAGAGCUGGCGCUGCAGCAACAAGUAGUGGAAGCUGCUCGGCGACUGGCGGUUGCCCCAGAGCUCACCGCCGAGCAGCGUCGGCGGAGGAGGCAGGUCCAGGCAGAUGCUGCCCAACGUCUUCGGGAGCUCGAGAUCCAGGUAGUUGAAUGUCGAGUGCGGCUGGGCAAAGGAGCCCCUCAGAGGAGCAACCACGAUGAAGCUUUUCAUUCAGAGAGCAGCUCCCUUUCAGAAUCGGCCAGUCACGAAAACGAUGACCCUCAUGGCUUCCAUUCCUCCAAAGCCCCCAACCCCCAGGGACCCUUCCCGGACCGACCUUCGCCCCCGAAGGCCCGUGAUCAUUUACGAGCCAUCUCCAGCAGCCCUGACAGACGCCCAGGGUGGCGGGUUCUGCAGCCGGAUCUCUACAACGAGGCCAAGGACCGCAGGAACUCAGUUGCCAGCCCGACCAGCCCAAACCGCACCCUUCCCAGGAGCGUGUCCAGCUUUGAGGGCCGGAGCGUCCCAGCAACCCCAGUCCUGGCGAGAAACGCUUGUGGUGUGAACCACCAGUUCAGGUCCGAGGCCCCAGCCCUUCACCCCCGCCAGUGGUCGGGCAGCCACGAUUCCCAGCUCGGCCCUCCAAGCCGCCUGUAUACCGAGUGCUGGGACAGGUCGCACUCUAUGCUUCUGCCGCUUUCCGGACCUCGGCCAGUAGCACAUAGCCUCCGAGGCUCCUGAUUGAGCCAGAGCCUCCUCUGGAGGACCUCUCUCUUGCCCUCUCAUGCCUCUUUCUAAAAGCAACCGGGCUCUGACCCGCUCUGUUCUUAAGGGCGAGAGAAUCCUCGCCCGCCCUACAAUGAUCUCCUUCUGGACUACUACCUGGAACGUAGGUGCUGGGGAGGUGGGGAGCACCUGUCCCGUCGGGAUGGGCCUUCCCAACUGGAGUGGGCCGCCUUUCCAGAGAGCCCUUCACAGCGCCGAGCCCGCCCGGCAGCCCGCACCAAGUCUUGUGGCCCGUUGCUCCCCCCCCAGUCCCGGGAGGUUGGCUACGGCCCCCCAUUGGCCCCCCACCGGAACUUCCACAAAGCCCUAGCCCUGGAGGGACUCAGGGACUGGUACUUGCGCAAUGCCGGAGUCGGCCAGCGGGGAGCGCCAGAGAGACGGGGUCCCGCUCAGUCCGUCCAUCAGCAGCUGCGAAGUUACUGUGAACCAGUGCCCCCCAACUCCGAGAUGGGCUACUAUGGGGGGCAAGGAGGAUUGCCCCACUCAUUGAGCUAUGCUGGGCAGCCGCUCUAUGGCAGACCCUUUGGGGAACUGCUUUAUGCGGACGACUCUUCCAGCUCUUCCUAUGCCUUGGACGCCACAGAGCACCCGGCCCCGGGGACCUUGGUCUGAUGCCCGCUUUUUUUCCCCCAAGGGGAACCGCAGUUCUGUUUCUGUCGUUUUCGCUGGUGCCUCUAUUCGCUUUUUCUGCUGUCUUCUACACCAUGUUGUUGUGUGGGACUCCCUGCUGGCAGGGUUUGUGUACGUUUGUGUGCGUGUGAGAGAGAGAGAGGGCUAUGCAUGUAAUGCUAGAGACACAGUAGGGGGCUAGAAUGUGUCCUGCCCGGUUCCUACACGUUGUUAUCUGUUCCCCCAAAUACUGGGGUUUGUGUCUGCUGUAGCAUCUCUUCUCCCCCCCCCCCCCCCCCAAAGGGUCUGAGUGGUUUUCAGUUCUCUCUUCUGGUCACUUGUGGCUGAGGGUGUGGUGUUUUAGAAACUUGGGAUUUAUAUUGGGGGGGGGGAUGCGUGUGUGUUUUGUGUAUGCACGUGCUUUGUUUCCUUCUUUGUAAAAUGUCAAAUAGCACAGAGAGUCAGCCUGUUACCGACAUCAGUCCUGUAACACAAAAAUCCCCCGUAUCUUGUUUUGCCCCAAAUGUGUCGUCUCUGCCGAUGCGCCUCCCCCGAGGGUCUGCCAGUCUUGAGAAGGUGAAAGACCAACUUCCGAAGGGGGAUAUUGAGAGGGAGCCCCUGUUGACACCCCUCGGGAUAACCCCACGAGUGUGGGACUUGGGGAUCUCCCAGAAUUUAGCUGGUCUCCAGACAACCAAGUUCAGCUCCUGAAGGGAACGGCAGCUUUGGACGGCAGACUCUAUGGCAGUGGUAGCGAACCUACGGCACUCCAGAUGUUCGUGGACUACAAUUCCCACCAGCCCCUGCCAGCAUGGCCAAUUGUAGUCAUUAACAUCUGGAGGCUCGCCACCACGGCUCUAUGGCAUCAUACCCUGCUGAGGCCCCACCCCCAAAUAUCCAGGAAUUCCCCCACCUGGAGUUGGCAACUGGAGUCCCCACCUUUCCCUGUCAUCCUGUUGGCUGAAGGUUGGGUGCAGAGUUCUUGGCUGUGUUUCAGUUAAAUCAUUCAAAGGCAGAGGCAGGGCAAACGGGGCCAGCUGGAGCAGCCGUUUAUGGAGAGCUUCUCCCCUCAUUCUGACUGUCCUGUCCAAAGGUGGAGGUGAACUUUGCGCACGAGGGUACGCAUCGGCCAAAACAUCUGUGCGCACAAACUCUUGGGGACCCUCAUGUGUGCGGCCAGAGUACUGCCGAUGUUUACACGCAACAACAUCCAGAUUUGCCCUUUGAGCUUCCAAAAGCACAGUUCUUAAACUUUUUCAACUUCCCACACUGGGUUUUCCCCUCACCCUCCUGCCUCUCUCUUAUCUGCCAUACCUCAUGAUCAUGCAAGAGCUCUUCCUUGGCACCAAAAUUAUAAAAUCUUAUUCUCCCCCACCGUUAACAAUUGUGCAAGAAAUAAUAGUCGGUGUAUUGUUGGCUUUCAUGGCUGGAAUCAACUGGGUGUCGUGGGUUUCUUGGGCUGUCUGUGGCCGUGAUCUGGUAGGUUUUGCUCCUGACGUCUGGGAUGCAGGCAAAACAUUGGGAGCAAAAACCUAUCAGGCCUCGGCCACGUAGCCUAGAAGAUCGACAGCAGCCAAAGAACAGUCUCUUCUUUUUAAUCUGUAUUUUGCCCCUUGAGUCAAGACUGAGGUGGGAGAGGAGGAAACACUCCGUUCCUGCUCCCCCUCCUGCCACACCCAGAUGCAAAGAAACAAGAUCCUUCUUAUAGGUCUGUGUGUCUUUUUAGUAUACGUUAAUGUACAGAUUGCAUAUGGGGGUCUGAAUGUAAAACUGAGCACUGUGCAGAAGGGAAAGGGGUUUCUACAAUAAAGAUUGUUAAAAGUGAA